AUGGACUUGCAGAAAUUCGUUGUGUUAGAAAACCUAAAGGCGAUUGAGUUGCCACCUUAUGAACUCGAGCAUAUUGAGCUACAUUUUGAGCAUGAAGAAUCAUCUGAUUAUGCAGCUUUUGUGGAUGCUGUACUUUGGUGUUGCCGUCCUCGAUCUCUAAGCUUAAGAUCAUCCUUUUCUUUAACUGAUUUUGAAGAACAGAGUGAUCUUGUCAAGUAUACAUACAGGAAGCUACUUGAACAAGAAGAUCAAAGCCGUACCAGUGUUCAGAUUGUGUCGCCUUCCUCUUCUAAAGCCCGUAAGCAGUUUUGGGGCUUGAUGCCAUUGCUGGGGGGAUCACUUCGUGAAGAGAAAGCAAUUAGCUUCAUAAAGGAAGAAGGUAAUUAUUUUAGGCAGAUUCUUUACCUCACUUAUUAAUAUCCAAACAGUUGCGCAAGUUGUCCAAGAAGAAGCAGGAUAAUGGAACAGUCAAAGGUAUGCGGAGAUGGAGAUUUGCUGAUGCAUUGAAUUUAGGGGUCUUAUCCGUUAGGACGAACGUAUGAUAGUUAUUAUAAAGAUUAGAAUUUAUG